AUGGCCAAACGCGUCUGCAUCAUCGGUGCCGGCCCCUCCGGCCUCGUGGCGGCCAAGACCCUCCUGCGCAACGCCCCCGCCGGCGCCUUCACCGUGACCAUCUAUGACGCCCAACGCCGCAUCGGCGGCCUCUGGCCCACCCGCCCCGCCGACGCCGACGGCCUUGUCCACCCCCUCAUGGUCGCCAACCAGAGCCGCCACACGGUGCAGUUCAGCGACCUCGCCUGGCAACCCGAGGACCCGGACCUGCCGCGCGCCUGGAUGAUCGGCCGCUACCUCGAGCGCUACGUCGACCGCUACGGCCUCGGCGCCGACCUGAAGCUGGGUCACCGCGUCGUCAGGACGGACCUGCAGGGCGACGGCACCUGGGCCGUCACUGUCCAGCCCGAGGCCGGCGGCAGCGGCGGUGAGGAGGAGACGUCCGCGUUCGACUACCUGCUUGUCGCGUCUGGCUUCUUCGGCAAGCCCGUCGUCCCGUCGGACGUUGCAUUCGACACGAACGGGGUCGUUCCCGUGGUCCACAGCAGCAAGUACCGCGACCUGAAGGGCCUGUUCCCCGACGGCGUGAGGAACGGCGGUGGCAAGAUCCUCGUCGUCGGCGGCCAGAUGUCGGGCGUCGAGAUCUCGGGCACCAUCGCGACGCAAAUCUCCGCCGCCGUCAACGCGCCGGGCCCGAGCCCGCUUCCGAACGCCGACAAACUCACCGUCGAGCAUCUCACGCAGCGUCCCACGUGGGUGUUCCCCCUGCACACCACGCCCAAGCCCGGAUCGACCGCAGCCCCCUUCCUCCCCUUGGACUUCUCAUCCUACAACCUCAACAACCGGCCCCAACCCCUCGUGAACAGCCAGGGCCAUAUCACCCCCGAAGCCGCAAAGCUCACCCACGGAAUCUACGCAACCUCCCUCGGCCAGGACCAAUCCGCCUUCUCCCCCUCUAUCGCCGUCACGCCGGACCACCACACGGAGCCGGCCUUCCUCGCCGUCAGCGACAACUACACGGAAUUCGUCCGCGCCGGCUUCAUCGCCGUCUCCAAGGGCAAACUCGCUUCCGUCGCCGGCACAACGGCGACCCUCGUGAACCACCACCCGUCGUCGUCGCCGCCGCCCACAAUCGACAACGUCGCCGCCGUCGUCCUGGCCACGGGCUUCGAUCCCUCCCCCUGUCUCUCCUUCCUUCCGCCCGGCGUCCUCGACAAACUCAACCACUCCCAGCGACACCGCGACCUGCCCCUCGCCCUCGCCUUCCACGGAACCCACGUCAAGGACAUCCCCUCCCUCGGCUUCGUCGGCUUCUACAGGUCCCCCUACUGGGGCGUCAUGGAGAUGCAGGCCCGCCUGCUCGCCGCCCUCUGGACGCCGUCUUCCCUCGCCCCGCGGCCACCGAAGCUCUCUGACGCACUCCUCGACGACGCCUCCGACUGGCGCACCGUCUCCCUCCGGGACGACCCGCGGGCCUCCCAGUUCCCGAUGGGCGACUACGCCUACCUCAUGCAGGAGUUUUCCUCCGCUCUCGGCCUCCCCAUCUCCCCGCCCCUUGAGCCCCCGACACCGCUCCUCCCGCACAACAACAAGCCCAUGGACAUCCUUACGCCAGCACGCUACCUGUCCCCCCUCGCCGACGAGGCCGCCCGGGCAGAGGCCGCAAAGUCCCUCCAGCAAACCCACACCACCGCCAUCGCCGGGCUGACGGCGAGCUGUUUCGUCCCAAGGGCCGUCUUCCGCAGCCUCCUGGGCACCUGGAAGCUCGAACGGAACUUGACCAGCAGGCUCCCCAGUCACCCGAGCGGUCACUUCAGCGGAACGGCCCAGUUCCUCCUACGCGACAAGACCGCUGACGGACUCAAGUGCGCCUCGGCUCCCGUCCCCGCGGCGGACAAGCCCUCGGACGACGACGACGACGGCGUCGGCGACGGCCUGGCGACCGAGUACCUCUACAUCGAGGACGGCGAGUUCCGUGCCGACAACGGGCUGGUGUUCCGGGCCACUCGUCGCUACGUCUGGCGGUACGACGAGAAGAAGGACGUCGUGAGCGUCUGGUUCGCCAAGACGGACGACGCCAAGAGGGCCGACUACCUAUUCCACGAGAUCGAGUUCCUCCCGCCUCCUGAAGGACAUCAGAAGCCGUGGCAGGCAAAGGCUGGCCACCUCUGCAUCGACGACUUUUACGAUGUCAAAUACGACUUCGCUUUCAAGGCUGUAAAUCUCCAGGAGUGGGACAUUCAGUACACGGUGAAUGGACCGAAGAAGGACUAUACUAUACACGGUGUAUACAGACGUUAG